AGGACGAAGAAAUAAAAAACCCACCGGCCCAUCCCAUCCCCACCGCAUCGCAUUUUCUUUCCUCGUUUUUUGCUCUCUCUACACCCGGAAAAAGCAAAGCAACUACCGCCACCAAUCAAAACCAACAUAACCAGCUCCAACAGCUGUUCUUUUCUUUCUUAAAAAUCAAAGACAAGACACACAAAGACACCCGAAAAAAUGGCAACAACAUCAACUAUCCAAUCGGAUAUUCGUUCUGCUCUCCACGCAACCAAUAUCAUCAUCUCCAAUCCCAGUCUCAUCCUCUCACGCGCCACCUCUUCCUCUGCGCGUUGGUCUUUUUCUCCACGACCUCUAAUAUCCUCGCACUAUAGGAUUUCAACUCCCGAGUCGUUUCGAGUGAGAGCUUUCUCCACCGAGUCAACUGAACCUGUCGUCAAGGUUCCAGACAAGCCUCCGAUUUGUACCGCCGACGAGCUCCACUACGUCUCCGUGUCCAAUUCUGAUUGGCGUCUUGCUCUUUGGCGCUACCAUCCUUCUCCUCAGGCGCCUCCAAGGAAUCAUCCGCUAUUGCUAUUGUCUGGAGUUGGGACUAAUGCCGUUGGUUACGAUCUCUCACCUGGGUCUUCGUUUGCACGGUACAUGUCUGGCCAGGGAUUUGAAACAUGGAUUCUUGAGGUUCGGGGUGCUGGUUUGAGCAUACAGGGAUCAACUCCUAAAGAUAUUCAUCAGUCUGCCCAUGAAGUUUCUGAGGAGAUGGAAGCUGUAGCUAAGAGUGUGACUAAUGGAACUCUGUCUGUGGACCAGCAGCCAAGUAAUGUUCGCAGUCCCCCGUCAGAUUCUAGGGUUUCUUUUGUCGAAGAGGACUCACAUCUAGCUGGGAUUGUAUCCGUGUGGGAUGAGUCAAAAUUGGUGACAAAGUUGACAGAAAUCUUUAUGCGUUUGUCCGAAAGACUCUCUGGCUUUCUCAGUGAAAGUGAGUUGAAGAUUAUGUUUGCAGAGUUGGUCGAUCAGAUAUCAAAACUCUUAGUAGAUUCUCAAUUAUCGGAACGAAUGAAUGAAAUAAGGGGAAAGCUUUUGAGCUUGUUGGAAGCAAGACAAAACUCAGCUAUUGCUGGUCAAUUCAGGGAUCUGAGUCAAGGGCUUGUUAAUGUCAUCGAGGAAGGUCAAAAAUCUGUUUCACCGCAGUUGUUUGACUUGCAGGAGCGUCUUUCAUCAAUCAUUGAAGAUUUCCAGAAACAACUUGACUUGAUUGUGAAGUAUGACUGGGACUUUGAUAAUUACCUGGAAGAGGAUGUUCCUUCUGCGAUGGAGUAUAUAAGGGCCCAAACCAAGCCAAAGGAUGGUAAAUUGCUUGCUAUUGGACACUCCAUGGGAGGCAUCUUGCUCUAUGCAAUGCUGUCUCGAUGUGGCUGGGAUGGAAGAGAUUCUGGAUUGGCUGCCAUUGUUACUCUGGCAUCAUCACUUGACUACACACCUUCAAAUUCAAGACUCAAAUUGCUUUUGCCCCUUGCAGACCCUGCUCAGGCUCUUAAUGUACCUGUUGUUCCUUUGGGAGCAAUGCUGUCAGCAGCAUAUCCUCUCUCAACUCGCCCUCCUUAUGUCUUGUCUUGGCUUAAUGAUUUCAUAUCGGCACGGGACAUGAUGCAUCCAGAGUUGUUGGAAAAGCUUGUCUUGAACAACUUUUGUACCAUACCUGCGAAACUUAUAUUACAGCUCACUACAGCUUUUCAGAAUCGUGGGUUGUGUGACAGGAGCGGUAAAUUUUUCUACAAGGAUCAUCUACAUAAGAGCAAUGUACCUGUAUUAGCCAUAGCAGGGGACCAAGAUCUGAUAUGCCCACCUGAAGCUGUUGAAGAAACUGUUAGACUCUUCCCCGAACAUUUGGCCUCCUACAAAGUGUUUGGAGAACCUGGAGGUCCUCAUUAUGCGCAUUAUGAUUUAGUGGGGGGGAGAAAGGCGGUGGAGCAAGUUUAUCCUUGCAUAAUUGAAUUUCUUAGUCGAUGUGACUUGACUUGAGUAUCCAGCAAAUGAAACUUCAUUACCCACGUUAUUCGUUGCAGCAGCAGCAUACAUUAUUUUCCUACAGGCUUGAAAUACGCCUCUUGGAUUCUAACCCCUGCCCAGCUCCAUGUCAAAUGCCGAGUAGACAUGCAUAUUUUUGGUGAAGUUUUUGCGUUGGGGGAAAUUGCCGGGGUUGGUUACGAGGUGUACACAGGGAAGGAAUGGAGUGUAUAUGACCAUUAAUCCUGUUAUUUGGUCAGGAAAAUCAGUUAAAAGUAUGCUCAUUACAUUACAA